UUGGAAGCGGGGGAGAAGAGACCAGACCACGGACUAGUGAGGAUCAUCAGGGUAAUUCAGGGACUAAGAGUUAAGACGCCCUGAUACAGGAUAGAGUCGUGGAAUUAUUACCACCAAUGGGCAGAUUAGACCCCGAGGCUGAUCGUCAUUGCAUCGCCAUCCACCCACCAGCAACGUUCUUCCACAUGCAUGCUCAUCAAGUCAUCAUCCGUCACAACACGCGACAAGAUAAGAUAGAGAUAUAUCGCCUGGACAGAUAAGGGCUCCACGAGUCUACAUUACUCUGCUUGAACACCUGGGUUGGCACUACAACUGCCGACGACGCAAACGGGAUCGUUGAGAUCAUGCCAGUGCAAUCGCGCAGCUGUCAACGAUGGCACUGCCUGUCCCUGGCUCUCCUGCUGCAUCAUGGGCAGUAUAUCGUCAGAAGCUGAUAACCGCCUUGGAAGGGCAAAACCCUAGGGUCCUGAUCGCCUUCUGGCUAUUCGGCCUCAUCAACAAUGUCCUCUACGUCAUUAUCCUCACCUCCGCCCUCGACCUUAUCGGCCCCCUCCCGAAAGCUCUCAUCCUCCUCCCCGACAUCCUCCCAGGCUUCCUCUGCAAGCUGAUCGCACCCUACUUCAUCCACCACUUCCCAUACUCCCUACGGGUCCUGAUCUGUGUCUCCCUCUCAUCCACCGGGAUGCUCCUCAUCGCCGUCUCGCCACCCUCUCACAACCCCGUGUCCAUCGCCGUGAAGCUGCUGGGAAUCAUGAUGGCGAGCCUCAGUAGUGGAGGAGGGGAGCUGACAUUCCUUGCACUUACACACUUCUACGGGAAGGGGAGUUUGGCUAUGUGGUCGUCCGGGACAGGAGGCGCGGGGAUCGUCGGCGCGGGAGCAUAUGCGCUGGCCACCGUGACAAUCGGGAUGUCGUCGAGGACCGCGCUGCUAGUGUUUGCAACGCUUCCAGCGGUCAUGUUCGUGAGCUUCUUCCUCAUAUUACCGCGAGAUGCCUUGGAGACAUCAAGCGACCUCCGACAACGCUUGGAUUCCGGGCAGGACGAGAGCACCGAGGAGCAGGAGGCCUUUCUCCCAUCACACUCUCCCUCUCACGACGACGACGACGAGCACGGUAUAUCCCAAAUCGACAUUUCCACUGCUCUCACGGCAUCGGCGUCGUCCAUCACCCCACUGACAUCCAAACCUCUUCACUGGACUGCCACCCUCCACUCCCACCUCCAACGGGCUCGCUCCCUCUUCCUUCCCUACAUGCUCCCCCUCCUCCUUGUCUACAUCUCCGAAUACACCAUCAACACCGCCCUCUUCCCCGUCCUCCUCUUCCCUCCCCAUAGCCCCCGUACCCCCUUUACCCACCUCCGCUCCCACUACCCCACCUACUCCACCCUCUACCAAACCGGUGUCUUCCUCUCCCGCUCCUCCCUCCCCUUCCUGCGCAUCCGCUCCCUCUACGCCCCGACCGCCCUCCAGUCCCUCAACUUUCUCGUCCUCCUCCUCCACGCCCUGUACGACUUCCUCCCCAGCUUCUGGUACGUCGCGCCCAUCGUGUUCUGGGAGGGGUUAUUGGGGGGACUGGUGUACGUGAGCACGUUCGCGCGCAUCGCGGAGGAAGUGCCGAGGGGGGAAAGGGAGUUCAGCUUGGCGGCGACGAGCGUGAGUGAUAGUGGAGGGAUUUUGGUGAGCGCGCUAGUGAGUAUGGUGUUGGAGGUCGCAGUGUGUGAGUGGCAGGUGAGCCAGGGGAGGCGGUGGUGUCGGAUGGUGAAGCCUGCUGGGUGAAGAUUCGGAACGGAAGUUAUGAAAUAUGAAAUAUGAACCUUGAUUCCGCCCUAUCUAUAUUUGGAUGUUCUAGAUCCCUUUGACAAUCGACUAUUCAAUAGACACAAUCUGGACAGCCAAUCGUCCUUGGCCACAUCCUUCUCUGGACUCUAGUACCGGUGAUUGCUUGUGCCGAGAACCGUUGUUCGUUCCCUUACUCGACCUUCACUUUCUGCUCGACGCGUGGCUAGUACGCCACUUGCAUGCUUUGUGUUCGACCUAACCUUUUAUGGCGCAUAGGAAUCGAGUUUCGAGUUUCGAGUUUCCGCGUGUUUCGACGGAC